AUGGAAGCAGAAUCAAGUCAUGGAAUGCCGGCAACACCAAUAUUUGGUGGCGACAACUACCUGGUAUGGGCUAUCAAAAUGGAAGUCCAUCUCAAGGCACAAGAUCUUUGGGAAGCAACUGAGCAAGACUACGAAGUCGCUAAUUUGCUGGUCAAUCCAACCAUGAACCAAAUAAAGAUUCACAAGGAGAGGAAGACAAGGAAGGCUAAAGCCAUAGCCUACUUGUAUGUUGCAGUUUCUCCCAAUAUUUUCACAAAAAUCAUGAACAUGUCUUCAGCAAAAGCCAUUUGGGAUCAUCUCAAAGAAGAAUACCAAGGCAAUGAACAAGUGAAUAAUAUGCAAGUUUUAAACUUGAUCAGAGAGUUUGAAAUGCAAAGAAUGAAGGAGUACACUGACAUGUUGCUUAGCCUUGCUAACAAAGUAAGGUUGUUAGGUAAGGAUUUUCCUGAUCAAAGAAUCAUUGAAAAAAUACUUGUUACACUUCUAGAGAGGUAUGAAGUCACCAUCUCUUCUCUAGAAAAUGUAAAAGAUCUGUCAAUGUUGUACUUUGAUGAAGCUUCAAUAUCGCUGCGUUUGGCAUAA